UUUCAAGUGUGGGUUCAGAUAGAUUCGCCUUAAUCUAUGUCUAUUUUAUUUCUGUAAUCGUCUCGUGUGGCCUUUUGAGAGAAUUGGAUUACUUGUGUGACUUAUUUUUUACCUAUUCUAAUUAUUCCAUCCGAUACUUGUUUUGGAGGAGAUAUUUUCCAAAGCUCCAAGGAUCACUACAUCGAAUGGCUCAACUCUAAGCCCAAAUCAUCCGUUAUUUACGUGUCGUUCGGGAGCUUGUUGGUGUUAGCCAAGCAACAGAUGGAAGAGAUUGCAUGUGGAUUGUUGGAUUGUGGGCGCCCCUCCUUGUGGGUCAUAAGAGCUAAGGAAAAUGGAGAAGAAGAGAAGGAAGAGGAUAAAUUGAAAUGUAGAGAGGAAUUAGAAGAAAAUGGAAUGAUAGUGCCAUGGUGCUCUCAGGUGGAGGUUUUGUCACACCCCUUAUUGGGAUGCUUUGUGACACAUUGUGGGUGGAAUUCAACUUUGGAGAGUUUGGUUUCUGGGGUGCUAGUGGUGGCGUUCCCCCAAUGGACGGAUCAAGGGACAAACGCAAAGCUGAUCCAGGACGUAUGGAAGAUGGGAGUGCGGGUGACUGCAAAUGAGAAUGGGAAUGUUUUGGAUAUGAUAGGAGGCACAUUUGUUUGAACAUAAUAAUUGAUCGGGCUUGUAACUAUCUCACGUGUAGCUUUGAAUUGUCGGUUGUCAUAAU